AUGGCCUACAGACGCGACAGACGUGAUCGGCGUGGCAUCUUCAAAGGCCUUGAUAUCUUCAUCCACCGUGGAGCCCGCCAUAAAGAACAGUUUUUCAGCGAUAUUAAAGCCCUCACCGAGAACGGUGCCGCGCUUGUGCACCACCCAAUCACUUUCCUCGCCCCCAUUCUGAUAAUCGUCGAGGUUUCCACAUCGACGCGCGUGAAGGACUUUGUCUACAAGAUUAACUCCGUCCCCGCUGGACAGUCUAGAGUCAGGGAAGAAGGAGAGGUCACCGACUGGAACUUGGACCAGGUGAUGGGCUACUUUUCGCAAGCACCAAGGGAGAUACCAGUGUUGCAGCACCAUUGGAUCAAAGACUGCCUUGAGCAUAGGCGCAUCCUGGGCAAGGCAGACAACUGGGGAGGCUGGCAUGUCAACAACCUCAAGUUUAGGGAGGAAUGCCUUCUGACCGUUCCGUCGGCAUCAGGCCGUUCCCCGAAGCUGGAGGAGAGGAACGAAAUCAAAGACGAGAGCGUUACCUCCACCCGCGACUCAACAGCUCCUUGCGACGUCGAGGUGGAGGACAACUCGCUCUUCGGCUCGCCAGACUCCCCGUCCAUUAAGGCCGAGACGCCUUUUUCGAACCUUGACCAAGCCAGUGUUGCUCUCGAGGAAGGCUUAUCCUUCCUUUCAGUGACCUCCAAUAUCGAGAAGUCUCAUACCCAGCCCUAUUCGGUCCCCCAGAUCUUUGUGCUGGGGCCGAACCGCAUGCUGUUCCAUGUUAUGGACUCACCCGGUCGCGCCUUUCUCCAGGCGGCCAUUACUGCGGGAGGCGGUAGCAUGAUGGAGCUCUGCUGGGCCACGUACGUGAUUGUUGCUCCUGGCACAACCGCUGAGAGCAUGAUGACUUUCGCUUCCGAUAAGAGCAUCUGUGCCCGGCUGGUUCGCUCGCACUGGAUCACCGACUCGAUGGUGGCAGCCAAACUGCUGGAUCCCGGCCCGUACGAGGUCAGCCAUGAAGACCAGGCUAAGCUUCUCGGUGACGAAGUGCAAUGUUGA